AUGAUACCGACUGUCGUGCAGUAUUAUCAUCCCCGAUCAGCAUCGACAAGUGAAACAUGUAAACAAAUGAUGAAAAAUAUAGAAAAAAAUGCCUAUGAUAGACAAUGUUACGAUACGGGGAAAAAAGAUUUUUUAAGACGGAUACCAUGUGAGAGAGAUCAGUUAUGUCCAGACGAAGAUGCACCAGAAAAUGUUAUUAGUAAACAACAAUUUACAUUCAAAAUACAGGACAUUAAUCAACCCAGGUUUUGGUAUUUGAGUUUAAUUGCUUGUCAUUUGGAGCCAACUUCGUCAGGUGAAUGUGAAUGGCAACUAAUGAAUGAUUCAUAUGAAAUCGACUAUGAUAUUUGGAUAGUGAAUGGAAAUCCAGAAACAAAAAUUGAGAACCGUUUUGAAUAUCAAUUUUCGUUUGAUUUACAUGAUUUAAUCGAAAUAUAUUUGGCUUGUGUUCUGUUGUAUAUCAUAAUACCACUACCAUAUGUUCUUUAUAAUAUUCGAUCAUACCACUAUAAACAUCCGAUUAUGAUUGCUUAUUUAUUAUUUCAAUUUUCAUUUUUAAUUGGAAAUUUAUUUUGUUUACUACACUAUUUGUUAUACUCUUAUAAUGGAAUUGGACUCUACACAUUUGUACAUAUCGGAAAUUUGGCCACCAUUAUUGGAGAAUCUAUUUUAAUCUUAUUGUUGAUGUUUAUAGCCAAAGUUAUCGACACUAAUCAUUAUCAAACAUUUUCCAACUAUUUAUCGCUAUUAUUGAGAUGUUUUCUUAUGUUAUUAUUUGUCUAUGAGUUAAAAGAGACAACGCGAAAGGAGAAAAAUGAUGAGAAACUACAGUUUUUCCAUCAUUAUGGAGCAUGUUGCAUGGUAUGGUUCACCUAUCCAAUAGUGUUAAUGUUUAUUAUGUCAUUUAUUACUGAACUAUAUCGAUUAAAACUAAUCAUCAGUGUUGUGGCAAUUAUAAAUUUUUUGAGUAUUUUAAUUGUAUCAUACAUAUUAUUUUCACCAAAGAGCUUUCUGUCUAUAUCUAAAACAUCUAAACAAUGUGCUGAUCAUGAUUAUAGUUCAACAAAUUAUAAUAAUAAUGAUUUUGUUAAAAGUACAUCAUCUGAACAUAUCAAAUCGGAGUUAAUGAAUGGGAAUAGUGCUCUUCAUUUACACUCGAAUAAUGACGAAGAAGAAGACGAUGAGCUUUAUGGUCCAACUUAUGCAUUAUUGAAUAAUCAUAAUGAGAGAGCUUGA